AUGCUGAAGCCCCGUGGGUCUCUUCCAGUUGUGACCUUUCGGGAGAUCUGGAAUCGUAGUUUCUGCCGUCCUCUGGAGCAGCUGGUGGACGUCAUUACCGAGUUCCCCGACGAGGUGGAGUACAUCUUCAGACCCUCCUGCGUCUCCCUGCAGCGCUGCGGAGGCUGCUGCGGAGACGAGGGGCUCCGCUGCGUCCCCGUGGAGACGAGCACGGUCACCAUGCAGCUCCUGAAGAUAAAGCCAAGCGGAGAGGCGCCGUAUGUGGAGAUGGCCUUCACUGAGCACAAGCGCUGCGAGUGCAGGCCGCGGCAGGACCUGAUGAAAUUCGGGAGGAGGAGAUCAAAGGGCCGAGGUAAGAGAAGACAAAACAAGAGGAGACGUAAAGACUGUGAACUAUGUGGCACGCCGCGCAGGUAGCCUCCACUGUGCCUGUGGUCCCGCUCCUCCUGCCGUCGGGGUUUGAGCCAGUUGCGUUUCUGCCUAGCACAUUGGACCUACGGAGCUGUGCCCCUCCGCAGCCUGGAGGCUGGGGAGCGACGGCUGCUAAAGGGAGCACCUGGCAGGAAAGGGCUGACUGGACUCUUGCUGGCGCCUGGCAGGAGCACGGCCCUGGAGCGAAGGACUCUCCCUUGCCCUCCACCUGUGUGCCGUCUGCAGCAGGGACAGAAGGAUGCCUAACUAGGCCUGGGGGUGAGGAUGAGGAGCCCGAGGUGCAUGCUGGUGCUCCAGGGGAUCUUGCAGGGCAGGGAGCUCGUAGAUGUGCUGCUGGAGUGGGCUGGGGACAGCAUGAUAUUACACAGGGAGCUGGCUCCAAGGGUGGUGGCAGCAGUUGCUGCACAGCUGGGGAGGAAGGAAACCUGGGAGAAGCAAGGCUGCAGGGCUGCAUCUGCCCAAGCCUUGGCACGGGGCAGGCCCAGGCAGGGAGCUGGCCUGGGAAGCCCUCUUCGUGGGGAAGGGAGGAAAUGGGAGGUGCUGGGGGCCCCUCCUGUGCUCUCAGCCCCAUCCCAGCCUUGCUCUUCUCAAUAAAAUCUGUCAGAGCCAGGAGCUGGCAGCAUGAGCAUCCUGUCUCCUUUCCGGCAGCUACAAAGCCCUUUUUUGCCAUCUCCCAGUCCAUCCUGUGGUGCCGCCACCUCACUGCCCCAAGGCUUGGCCCCAAAGCCAAGUCCUGCAGCACCUGAGGGGCUGACCUUGGUGUUUGCUAGACCCUACCUAGCCAAGGGUUGGUCCCAGCUUGCUUUCCCAUGUCUUUCUGUUCUCAUCUUCCCUAUCUUCCUCCUUGCAGGCACCAUAAUUCCCCCCCCCCCCC